CAAAAUCUCUACCUUCCUACCUCCGGUAACCCGUGGAGCGGUGAAGACAACUUUUCCUUUCAAAGCUUAAACGCCGAAAGUCUAUAAUUUUGUUCCUCAAAACAUCAUUUUUUUCUUUUGCUUUUAACAUACUUAGAAAGAAAAAUGAUAAUGGGGUAUUGGGAUUCUCCUCCAUUUCUCCAUCUUUCUCGGAAUGGAAGAGUAAAGUGAAGUGUUAUUCCAGAAUUAACUAACAUUUUGCAUUAAGGGUACGCAACUUUUCAGGAAAGAAAGAGUCGUGCCAAGCCAGCUUGAUUUUCAGAACAAUCUCUUUCCUCAGAUUUUCGCUAUUAUAAAUACCCUUCUGGUUUCAAAUUUUAUGACCCGCAUAGGCCUUUCAUUGUUUUUUUUCUCUCAAGGAAGAAGAGGAUAGAUUGAGACAAUGGCAGGGCUGUCAAGACAGAGUCGGAUAUCUUGACAGCCCCAUUUUCUUAUCCUGACAGCCUCUCUGGCAGAUUGAUAUGAGAAGACGAUAAGACCCUUUGAAUUUUUCUUGGUUGUUUUUUAUGCAACUUAAAUGUUAAUUUCUUUUGGAUUAAAAAUUAAUAAAGCAUGGCAUCAAUUUUCCAUAUCCAACUAUGCAGGGGCCUUUGAACUUUAUAAUGGCUUGGACCUUUUUCUUUGAUGCACUUAGUUCAUGUGAAAAGGUCGGUUUCUUUUCAACUAUCACUUUAAAUUAGUUCGUUCAAGCAGGAUGAUUCACAUUGAAGAAGCUACUGUGUUGUUGGUUCAUUAGAUUGAUUGAUAUUUGGUAUGAAACAAUCCAAUCUUUUCUACAAUGGGUUCCAUGUCUGGAAUCCUUCAGAGACCUCUAACUGCAGUGGCUGGCGUCGCCGUAGCUGCCAUCUCUGCUGAUCUCGCUGAUAAAUUGUCUCCGACAAAGUCAUCGGAUCCUUGUUUCUCCUCAGAAACAUUGAGUUCUUCUUAUCAGAGUUUAGUAGAGGAACCAAGGUCAUGGGUGUCUCAGAUUUCUGUCUCUAAUGUCAGAAACUUGUCAUUUGCGACAAGGGUCCAGAAUCCUGUACCUAACAUUAACUACCCACUUCCUUAUUCUAGCUUUCCAAACGCUUUUAGUUCAUGGUUCAAUUCACUUUCGACUUGUGUUGCUUCUCCUCCUGUUCUUGUAACGUCGUAUCAGUCUGCGGAGUUGGCCAAAGCACCGAAGGCAUCUGAAUAUAUACACUUCAUCCCUUCAUCACCCUCUGAGGUUCUGUACAAAUGGCAUUUACCAGACCCAAAUGCUUAUGGGGUUUCUGGUAAUUCAGAAUGUUCAUUUGCGAAGUCUAGAACGGUUGUUGUUUUACUUGGAUGGUUGGGGGCCAAGCAGAAGCAUCUGAAGAGAUAUGCAGAUUGGUAUACAUCAAGGGGGUUCCAUGUCAUUACCUUUACUUUCCCGAUGGCUGAGAUCCUCAGUUACCAGAUUGGGGAAAAAGCUGAACAGGACAUAGAGUUGCUUGCGAAUCAUCUUGCUGGUUGGUUAGAGGAAGAACAUGGGAAAAAUCUCAUAUUUCAUACUUUUAGCAAUACUGGCUGGCUGACGUAUGGGGUUAUUCUUGAGAAGUUUCAGAAGCAGGAUCCAACUUUAAUGGGUAAUAUCAGGGCUUGCAUUGUUGACUCAGCUCCUGUUGCAGCUCCAGACCCGCAGGUCUGGGCAUCAGGUUUCUCUGCUGCAUUUUUGAAAAAGCAAAGCAUUACAACAAAAGGACUGGCUGGUGCUGAUUCUGGUGUGGAGGCAAGAGGCAGUAGUAAAAGUGAGGAACACAAACCUGCUGUAACUGAAAAAGUUCUGCUAGUUGUUUUGGAGAAGUUCUUCGAGGUGGUUCUGAAUCUUCCUAAAGUUAACAGGAGGCUUUCUGAUGUGCUGGCUCUGUUAUCAUCAAAACAACCAAGAUGUCCACAGUUAUACAUCUACAGCACUGCAGAUAGGGUUAUUCCAGCUGAAGCAGUGGAAUCCUUCAUAGAGAAGCAGCGAAGGGCUGGCCACGUGGUCAGUGCUUGCAAUUUUCUCUCUACUCCUCAUGUCGAUCAUUUCAGAAAUGAUCCAAACCUCUAUACUUCUCAGCUCACCAAGUUUUUGGAAGACUCUGCUCACUUUUUGUAAACUUCUUAACUGAGAAAAACAUUCAUUUCCACCAUUCUUUAAACUGUCAGAUCAUACUUAUUACAGAUGAUAUACCUAUUCAAUCUUUAUUUUCAAAUUUGUUGGCGUAGAGGUUGUCAAAUUCAAUGAAGAAUGAUCUCUACCCUUGUUUUA